AUGCUGAGAUUAGUCAGACCAAUCAGAACGUUCUCAUUCAUAAGACCGCUGCUCAACGAAGGGUCCAGCCGCCACAGCCUCAGGCAGGAGGAUGGGGAGGUCAAGAUCAAAGUGGAACCGCUUCCAAGAAUUAACGAGUCUACAGAGAAAAAGAGAAAAAGAUUGCUUUACCAAUCCCGCAAAAGAGGCAUCUUGGAGUCCGACCUGCUAUUGAGCAGAUUCGCCGACAGAUACCUGGACACUAUGACCCCGAGCGAACUAGAAGAGUACGAUAAGCUUCUAGACGAGCCAGAUUGGGACAUCUAUUACUGGGCAACUAAGAACUAUGAUGUUACUCCCUUGCCUGACAAGUGGAAGAACUCCAAGAUUUUGAAGCAAUUACAGCAGCUGAGCGAAAAUAAAGAGAACGAGAUCCUCAGAAUGCCCGACCUCAAAUAA